AUGGAAAGGGAGACAAGAAAACAUAAUAAUCACCAGAGUCCCGAGGCUAUGGCUUCGUCCUCGCAGAAUGCCGCGGCGCAGCUUGCCGCCAAUCCCGCUGCUCAGCCCCUCAUUCAAGAGCUCUUUCAGCAUGCGUCUGACGCCCAACAUGCACCCAAGGUGGCGCAAACAAUAGAAGAAACGAGAAGCGCAUUCGAGGUUGGAGUUGCGGCGCUAAACAUUUUUCUUCAGAUCAAUGUCACUGGCCCUGUGCCCGCGCGUCAGCCAAUGGCAGAUAUCGAAUCUCAGUUUCUCAAGGCUUGGGAGUCAACCUCUCAAACGUCGAACCCCUCUACUUCAGUGGUUACUCCGAUAAUAAAAAUGAGAAGAGACUGUCUUAAACAGCUGGAAAUUGACGGCCUGUCUCCAUACCCGCAUAUUCCUUCGCUAGAGCUCUUUUGCCUCGCCAGACACAUCUUUAUCAAAACCCUGUCGACACCCGACAACGACAUUGUGCAGCUAGCCGUAUCCGAGACUCAAAAGCACAGCAUCUCUUGGACAAGAUUACGUAUCCAUGUGUGGCACUACAAGCUCAUUGCGCAACCCAGCCUCGGCGGCUCUACCUUUACCAAAAGCUCCAACUGGAUCGAGCUCCCUUCGCUGGCGACUCUGAUCACGGAUUCCAUGGAUGCUGUUCGAAGCCGUUUGCUGAAUGAAGAUGUAUGGGCAGAUGAAGAAACGUGGAGCGUCCAAGACAAGGUGCAAUUCCUGCUCGAGGCGGCCAACAACAACAUCUUGCUAGGUCGGGCAGACAAGGCCAAGGAGCUCGUUGAGGAGGCAGCCAACAAGAACAACUUCUUAUACGCCCUUUCAGGUGCUCUCGGCAAGAGGACAAAGUUUCAGGAAAAGUCCAUCAGUCAACUAGUCGUGCUGGCUCUCAGCCAGACACAGGAAACGGCCAGGGAAACCGGAGACGACGAAGAGGACGACGUCAAGCCGCAAGCCCUGCAACUAAACGACGACACGCUUCUGGAAGAGAUUCAAUUCAGCAAGGAACGAGAAAGCAAUAAAUCAAACUCUACUGAAUUGCCUGAACCACUGGCCAAUCUGACACCCGAUGAGCAGCCGCAACUCAGCCCCCUCGACCAAAUCACCCUCCUUACUGAAGCGACCAUCAAAGACACGUUUUCGCCGACAGACACUCUAACUGCCGAAGAGAUUCUGCCAUUCGCAACUCGAGUGCUUGCUGACAAGUCUACCAACUGGCAAACAUAUACCCAGGCCCUCCUUGUUCGCUCGCGCAUCGAAGUGCAUCGAAGCCGCACCUUGGAGCGUGGUGUCCUUCAAAUGCAGGCCGUAGCCGACCAAGUCCUUACAGAUACCACCUUGCCACCCGAGACGGGGGAAACUGCGACAGAAGAAGUGAAAGAGUCGACUAUUGCUGCCCCUUCCAUACAAAUAACUGCACCCGGCCACCAUACUGGAGAUGAAGCGGCGCCUGCUACCAGUGCGCCUACAUCAUUCUUUCCUGCUGCAAAAGCCGCGGAGUCUGCGCCUGCCGACAUACGCCUUCGCUACAUUCACGCUCUCUCAACCCCACCUCGAUGGCAUUUGGAGGCUGAGCUGGCCUAUGCUUGGGCUGGUGCCGGUUCUCUUGUCUCGGCGCUAGAAAUCUUUAAGCGUUUGCGACUAUGGGCCGAAGUCGCUCUUUGUCUCGCGAGUGCCGACGCCCUCGACGACGAAGACGGCCGUGGGAGCGGCGGUGAGGCCAAAGCAAAGGGCAUUGUGCGCUGGCAGCUUUUCAACAAGACAGGUGCCGACGCUGCAUCCAACUCUGACCCAGACGACGAGGUUGCGGUCCAAGACAUUACGUCUCUCAAGGCCGACAACUUCAUGGGCCCGGAACGCUCCCCAGCGCCGUCCAACGCAUCACGCUUGUGGUGUAUUCUCGGCGACUUGGAAAGCAACGCGUCGUUCUACGAACGUGCUUGGGAGGUGUCAGGCCACCGAUACGCUCGCGCACAGCGCUCCCUUGCCGAGCACUACCUAAAACAGAAGGAUCUCGAGCGCGCUCACGAGGCCUACAAGAAGGCCACAUUCGUCAACCGACUCGACCCCGACAUGUGGAGCCGUCUCGGCGACAUCAGUCUGCGUCUGGGGCGCUUCGAGGACGCCGCCGAGGCUUUCACUCGGGCUAUUGGCAGCGCCACUGGCGACCUCGGCGGCGAAGGCGCCAAAACCUGGAGCAACCUGGGCACUGCGCUCUGGAGUCUCUACAGCGAAGUUCUCUCUGCUCAGAAGCAUGGCGAAGCCGAGCCCUCAACCGGGGCCGAAGCCUUAGCAACAACCCCGGUCAAGCCCGAGGAAGAUGAGGACGAGACUGUUGCUGCCGCCGCCAACACUGCGCAAGACACCAAGACGUCCAAGAACCCAGAGAAGCUCCUAGCCCAGGCACUCCAUGCGUACAAGAUGGGUGCUACCGCUGCGCACGACAACUGGCGAAUUUGGGAAAAUGUCGUCACGCUGGCCUGCCGCAUGCGGCCCCCUGCCAUUGCCGACAUCAUUGCCGCCACGCGCCAAAUUCUCCGCAUCCGCCAGACCGAGGAUGCCGUCAACGCGCCGGUCCUCGGCGCGCUGCUGCAGGAAGAGGUCCUCUGCAAAUCCAAGGACGACGCCCCCAGUACCGGCAUCUACGAGCCCCCGCGCGGCACCCCCGCGCGGCUCGUCGCCCGCGUUCUCGAAGAGGACAUUGUCCCGCUCAUCACCCGCCGUGCCGAGCUCUGGUCCCUCGUCGCCAAGCUCCGCGGCUGGCGCCGCGACUACGCCGGCGCCAUUGACGCUUCGGAAAAGGCCUGGCGCGCUGCGGUCGGCGCCUCGGGCGGCGGCCUGCUGCCCGGCAGCGACGCGAUGACGACGGGCGCCGGCGCCGCCGACUGGACCGAGGACGAGGCGGCGUGGCUCGAUGUCGUCGCGCGCACCGACGAGCUCGUCUCAGUGCUCGAGACCUGGGGUGCCGAUGUCGACGAGAUUGGCGCCAGGUGGCGGGGCAAGGCGCGCAGUGCCGUCCGCAGCGUCAUGGGCCGUGGCAAGACAAGCUGGGAGGGCACCGAGGGAUGGACUUUGCUCGAAGCGCUCAUGGAGGGGCUCAAGGUAAAUAAAUGA